GUGGUGGAGCUGACGCCGGAGAAUUUCGAGCGCGAGGUGACGAGACGCGAGGGGGCGGUGUUCGUGGAGUUUUACGCGCCGUGGUGUCCGUACUGCAAGCGAUUGGAACCGAUUUGGGAGGAAUUGCCGGAAAAGCUCGAGGAAGCGGGGUCGAAGACGCGCGUGGCGAGGAUGAACGUGGACGCGUACGCGGAUUACGCGAGCGCGUACGCCGUCACCGGGUUUCCGACGCUGAUGCUGUUC